AUGUGCCGUCGGAGGAGGCACGGCUGGGGAGCGGGCUGGACAAGACAGAGGAGAUGCGAAACUUGCUCAAGCCAAACAUCGCGAGGGCGGACGCAGUGGUCAACAUCCUCCAAUUCCCAAGCGGACGGCGCUCCUGAUCGACUGCCUGCACAGGGGCGACCUCCACGCCCUGCGCUUCGCCACGCGCGACCGGCUCCACCAGCCUGCUCGUGGCGAGCACAAGUACCCGCACCUGGACGCCAUGGUGAAGGCGGCGCUGGAGGCCGGGGCGCACGGCGCGUUCCUGUCGGGCGCCGGGCCGACGGUGAUGGCCUUCUGCUCGGGGCAGGCCGGGGACAUCUUCACGCAGCGGUCGACGGAGAGCGGCAGGAGGGCACCGUGGCGCACGCCAUGCAGCAGGCCAUGGAGGCGAUGCCGGAGGAGGUGCGGAAGGUGUGGGGAGGCGGCACGUUCUACAUCGUCUCGCCGACGAACAAGGGGGCCCACGUGGUGUCCGCGGAGCCCAAGUUCUCCGGCGGCCUGGCCACGUUCGGGUCGCUGGACGGGUUGGGGCCAUUGGUUAGGAAGGUGCUCUUCCGCAGGAAGUUCGGCAUGUGGUCAACUCGCAAGCGGAAAUAUUGCCAGCGUGUGGACCCACAGCAGUUCAUUUGUGCAACAAGUUCGAGGCGCGCCCGGCCACCGAUGCGGCAGUCGCCGUGGCAGGCGAGGCGGCUGCUGAAGCGAUGGGCGCGCGCGUGGGCGCCCUGGCGGCACCUGGGGGCCCCCUUGCGCUGCCUCUGCGCGCUGCGAGCGCAGCAGACGCUCUGCUGGCCCUUGCUGCUCGUUUUGGGCAGCCUCGGCGCCCUGGCGGCCCUCUCUGCCCUCGCCGGCCUCCGAGCUCCCUGGACAACCGCGGAGGCCGGCUCUCCCAUCCGCCACAGUGCAGGCGGCGAGGCACCCCCCGCGCCGCGCGCGCCUGCGCCCGCGGGCGCACCCGCGCUGGCCCAGCGCUGCCAUGCGAGCAGCCUGGAGGCCUCGGAGGUCCACGCCUGCAGCGACGCCGACGAGCGGCCAGCGCGCGUCUGCAUCGUGUCGAGCGAGUUCCAGGGCAUCGUGCCCAACGGCGGCAUCGGCACCUUUUACAGCACUCUCGCGGAGACGCUCGUGCUCGCGGGCCACGCGGUGACGCUCCUCUACACCCAGGGAGAGGUGUCGCACAGCCCUGGCAGGGGCUUCGUUCAUUGGGUGGAGCAUUACCGUUCUAUCGGCGUCGCCCUGCUUCCGCUGCAUGGCGGUCUACAAGCUGCGGCGCUGCAAGACCACGCGACGACUUCCUGGCUCGUCUACUCUUGGCUGGCCGAGAGGCAGCGGGACUUCGACCUGGUGCAUUUCCCGGACUACCAGGGCCACGGAUAUUACUCCCUGCUCGCGAAGCAUGUGGGCUUGCAGUUCUCGAACGCCACGCUUGCAGUGACGGCGCACGGACCCAACCGUUGGGCGGCCCCAGCCAGCGGCGAGCGGCUCGACACCAUUGAGGUGGCAGAGGUUGACUUCCUGGAGGGGCAGAGCGUGCGACUGGCAGAAGUGCUCAUCAGCCCCAGCGACUACCUGCUGCGCUGGUACAUGCGACAGGGCUGGCAUCCUCAGAACACGCCUUUGCUGAUGCCCUUGCUCCUGCCGCGGGACGCUCGACAACUCGUGCAGGAGGUAUCCGCCGCAGGGCGUGCCCUUCUAAGCGGCACAGUGCCUGUCAGUGAGCUGGUGUUCUUUGGGCGGCUGGAGCUGCGCAAGGGCCUCGUCGAUUUCUGCGACGCCAUUGACAGGCUGCUGCACGGCGCCAGCGGUGGAGAGACGCCCCUGGAACCCGCGAGGCUCCAGGCGGUCACUUUCCUGGGCAGCUCGCGUUGCACGGUCUUCGGCCAGCCGAGCCAGGAGUACGUGCUUGGCCGCGCCAGGAGCUGGGAGCAGAUGGGCAUCAGAGUGACUCUGCACAGCGACAAGGACACGCGCGGGGCACUGCAGUACCUGCUGCACGGUCGGGGCGCACGGGUUGCCGUGCUGCCCUCGCGGGUGGAGAACUCCCCACAGGCCGUGCUGGAGCUCAUCGGGGCCGGCGCUCCGUUCUUGGCCUCCGACGCCGGUGGCAUCCCAGAACUCAUCGCAACGGCGAGCCGUGGCCGAGUGCUGUUCGGCCGCAAGAACGUCACGGAGCUGACGAAUGCCUUGCAGCGGAUACUGGCCACGGGCGCCCAGGCUGCGCAGGGUGCUCGGGAGCUGGACGGGCUGGAGCGCGCCUGGCUGGACUGGCAUGCGUGCGUGCCCUGCCAGCUGGCGCGCAGCAGCGCCGCGGUGGCCAGGAAGACCAAACGGCUACGGGAUAGUACGGCUGCACGGACGAGGGUUUCGGCAUGCGUGCUGCUGUCCUCGCAGCGGGUGUGCGACCUGCGUGCGUCCUGCUUGAGUUUGCUUGACCAGGACGCAGACAUGGUUGCCGAGUUGAUCGUCGGCGUGGCAGGUGGCGACAGCGGCAGACAGGAACAGGUUGUCGAAGACUUGCAGCACUUCGUGAGGGCGUCAGUGCUAUCCGCCCCCACACGCACCGCCGCGCUCUCCGCAUGUGCGCGGAAGAGCACGCAGCAGCACUUGCUGCUGCUGGACGCUGGUACUAUCUUGGAGCCGCGGGCUCUUAGCGUGAUGUCCUCCACACUGUCCUUGCUUGGCAGCACUGGGGUGACGACGAUGUCAUACGAGUACGGGAACUUGCUGCAGUUCGAUCUGUUCUACUCGACGGAGGAGAUCCGCGAGGCCAUGCGCCCCAAAGCAGAACAACCUGUUAGGCUCGCCUUGGGGCCCGCGGCCCGCCCGGGCGUCUUCAAGGACAUCCUUGGCGGCGGUGUCGUGCUGCUGGCGGCCAGCGCGCUGGGAGGUCUGCUGGAGGCCGCCGGGGACGAGGAGCUGCUAGCGCACUCGCAGGGCUUCUGGGAGCUGCUCGCGCACGCCGCCUUCCGGGGGCAGGGCGUCCCGCUCGUGCCAGAGCCGGUGUGCUGGGUGCGGCACGUGCACGCGGCGCCCCGAUCCAUGGCCGACUUGCGGCGGCUACUGCGCCCAGUCUCUCCGCCAUUCAGCCUGGAGGCCAUGCAGGAGAUCCUCCACCAGUCGCCCGCCGGGAUUGCUGCCGUCAUGGAGGCGAAGCAGCUGCCGCAGGCAGUGAUCCUGGAUCCCGGCCGGCCCGCGGAGGGCUUCGUGCCGCAUUUCCCCGCCCGCGGGCGCCUCGCGGGCGCCUCGUGCGCGUCCGCCGAGGUCGUCGUGCUCUUCGGCGCCAAGGCCAGCAUCGAAUACUCGUUAAGCGGGAUGGUGAGCAAGAUUGCCGAGGCAGCUCAAGAGUUCCAGGCGCCCGAACAGGAGUUAGCCGCCUUCGUUAUCAUGAGCGCUAAUGCUGUUUCGGCCUUGAUCGGCACACGCGGAGCCACGAUAGCUGGCGUGCGCCAGGCAUCGGGUUGCAAGGUAUCAGCUGACGUAGAAAAGUUCAAUGGAGAGCAGAUUGUUCGCGUCACUGGCCACGUAGAGAGUCUUCCAGUGGCGCUUACGAUGCUCACGGAAUUUGUCAUGCGCAGCGGUGAUUCGCUGGAUCUGGCGCUUAUCGAGUAUCCCCCGACUGGCCAGGCCGUCAUGGCUCAGUCGCCUGCCCCAGGGCCGAAGGGCUCGGGAAAGAAGGGCGGGCUGAAGUCGUUCGGCGCCGUGGGUGCCAGGAGACCCGCGCCAGCGGCCCUGCCGUGGAGCCCGCUGGUCCCCCGCGGCCUGAAGCGGACCCACGAGGAGCUCAUGCAGGAGCAGCUGAGCAUGGAGCCAGGGGAGAUGGACGUCGCGGUGGCCGACCUCGGCAAGCCACCGAGGGAGGACAUCCCGGACCUUGUGGAGCUGCCCGACGAGACGGACGAGCAGGUCUCCCAGAGCCGCUCGACGAUCGCCUUCACCAUCCCCAAGGACGCUAUCGGCCGUGUCCUUGGCAAAGGUGGGUCCUCUGCAUCCGCGAUCCGGGUGGCAACUGGAGCGACCUUGUCAAUCGAGCCGAAUGAAGUGGAGGGUGUGGUCACGGUGAAAGGAUCCCUGGAUGCGGUGCACAGGGCACAUCGAUUAAUCAUUGGGCGGGUUCUGGCUGCGCGCUGA